AUGAAUCUCGGCUUUCACGAGCUUAUGGACUACAAUACUUUAUAUCCGACAGGGAAGGAUAGAUUAAACAUCUCCUCUUAUCCUCACGACAAAGCCUUGGGGGAUGUAGCAGUUCCCAUCCAUGAGGAAAGUGAAACUGAGAGUGCGGAUGAGCAGGCACCUACGAAGAAUGCCAAGAUGUCCAAAGGCAAAGGGGUUGCGGUUGAUCGAGAUAGGGCGAAAACUCCAUCUGUGGAGGAGCUGUAUGAUCACUUGAAGAAUGAGGUCACUUGGACUCCAACCAGGUUCGCUGACCUUGAUCUGCUAAAGGAGUUGGGUCUUGAAUCUGAUAUUGAAGAGAUGCUAGGACAUUUGAAGAUGCCAAAACACCUCACCAUGGCAUAUCCUUUCUACAAAGAUGUCACUUGUCAGUUCUUAUCUUCUCUUGCGGUCACUUACCACGACACCGCGCAUGUGAGGCAAGGAUGGGGAAAAAUCAGUUUUAAGGUCAAUGGACGAGAAUACAACAUGAACUUCAAGGACAUUGGAAGAGUCAUGGGGUUCCAAGACCUAGAAGACCACUCCCUACCCAACUUGGUUCAGGCAAUAGUAAGUGUAUAUCUAGGACGUGUCAACUAUGGUUUUCGAAAGACAGACAUGGAGGAGAACAAGCCACCACAAGUUCUCUCAACGUCGCAACACAAAAAAAAUGGUAUCAACCUCCCUCUUGAUCUAGCUAUAGACAUACUCAGGAGACUUCCAGCAAAGUCUCUCGCGAGGUCCCGAUGCGUCUCUAAGCAAUGGGAAACUGUUAUUGGAGACUACAUAGUCAAAAACUCUAUCGUCCCUAGGUCUUUGGCUCAACCGCCGCCUGAUGCUCGACAUUUCAUCAUGGACAUUCUGGUAAAAAACCGUGUGCAUGCCUUCUCGUAUGCUUACCCUCAUCAAAUCACAAACGAGAACAACCAAUUCUACCAAGAGAAAAUCUUUGGAAGGAGCAAAGACACGGCCCAGUUUCAAUACCUACGCGGCUUGAUCGGGUUUGGAUCACCAAAACAUGGUAAGUUCACAAUACACAACCCUACCACAGGUCAAUGUGUUUCCUUACCCGAUGUAGGUAUACCAUGGCGGUUCUACUUAUUCGGGUACGACCCUUUGAGGAAUCAAUACAAAGUAGCAUGCCUAUCAAUGUCAACAAUUGAGCCAGAGAAAUCUUGCAAAGUUUUCACAUUUGGAGAUCCUGCAAAGCAGUGGAGGAAAUGCAGCGGUGGACAUUACAGUCCAUUCGAAUAUUUAGCAUGCCCCAACGAGGCAGUUUGCAUCAAUGGGAAAAUCUAUUACACAGCAAUGAAAAUAGAUGGGAGAAGAGGAAUUCUCAUUAGCUUCAGUGUUGAGACCGAGAGGUUUAAUCAUGUUCAGGCUCCCGAAAAUAUAUUCCUUCACCGUGGAGACGUGUCUCUUGUAAACUACCAAGGGAAGCUAGGAUGCAUAGGUCGAAACAACCUCAAUAAUGAGGAUAUGGAUGUGUGGGUUAUGGAGAGCGCAGAGAAACAAGAGUGGUCGAAGAUUACACACAUGGCUGUGCUUCAAGAAAUACCGAGUUCUAUGAUCAGUUUUGCUGUCUCACAUCCCGGUGGUGAAAUCAUUAUAGUCCCCGACUUAUAUUGUAAGUUUGCAUCAGAUGUUUAUUAUUACAGUCCAAAUAAUAAUAGGCGUAGCAGGUUAGUAAUCCAAACACCAACAUCGUCACAAGGUUAUUUUAGGAUCUGGCCCGUCACGGAACCUGUUGAGAAUAUUAUGUCUUUGUUGUAA